AUGUCCACUUUGCUUUUGAAAGUGUUCCCCAACGUUAAAGCAGUGUCCCAAGAGAGAAUUAACUUGCUACCGAAAUCCCCAGUUGAAAUUCCCAGCAUGAAAUGCUUCAUAACAAACAACAUGCACAAUGUUUCCAAGACAUAUGCAGAAUAUAUACCUGACUGGGUGGUGGCCAAAUAUUUCAAUCCAGAGUCCGAGCGUCAAAGAUUGCUAGUUCACGACUAUCAACAAACUGAAGUAAAAGAGAUGAGACGUAUGGAUAACACCAAACUUGUUGACAGGAUUGAAUUGCCACUAAAGUCAUGCGAGAAUGUUCUAACAGCAAUUAACAAAAUGCUAUCUGGUGGACUACAACUAUACCUAGAUCACUUCGUUGCUCCAUUUGUUGGUGAUUGGCCAAUGCAAUUCUCCAUUCGAAGAUUGGUCUACUCUGAUGUACCAUCUCUACCAGCAGCUCUUCAGGACAUUGUUCCCCUCAUUG